AUGGAGGAUGCUGCAAAGCCUUCGGAUUUGGAUCGAUGGGAUACUGCUUCGAUGGGGGCAGGUGCUACGAGUGUGGAACCUGGGCAUGACAAAGUCCUGGAGAGCAUCCUUCGGCACAUGCAGGAGUCAGUGAAUGCUCGCGACAAGUUGAGCAAGUUUAUGGAGAAGUUGGACCAUGAUGAUGAAGGCGUCAAAGCGCAGAGGUCAUAUCUCGACAACAAGUGCCAAGCUGUCAAGAGACAGAUGACACUGGCAAUUUCGAUCGAGAUCAAGAACAAGAAGCUGAAGAAGAAGCCGUCGCCGAAACGACCCUCUGCUGCCAUCUUCCCCUGGGGUUCUGACACAGAGGAGGAAGAACAUACGCUCCAGCGCACACCGCCUGCAGCAAUCAACGUUGAGAAUAUUCGGUCCGCUAACUACGUUGGAUUGCUUUGGCAAGAAGCUGCCCCAGCUCUUUUAAUUCAGGCCAGUGGCAAACACAUUGCCAGCAUCGCCAAGGCCUUUGCCGGGGAUAUUGGAGCUUGCAAGGCUUUGAAGGAUCUAGCCAGGGCUCCCCUGUCUGAUGCCGAGAAAUAUCUUCAGAAGGUGUUGACCAAAUGGGAGCUCACGUUUGACGUUCCCAUUACCUAUCUGGAUAUUUCUGACAACUGCCGGAUUCCCAUUCUGAAGCCAUCCGAUUACAUCCAAAAGCUGUGUGAGAAGGGUUUCCUGAACAAGUUGCUUGGGGGUACUCAUCGGCUUGAGGAAUUCUGGGAAAGGUUCCGUGGUGAGGAGCCAGGCCAUGAGGUCUUCACACACGAUUUCCUUGAUUUCGCACGUCUUGUGCCACUGUAUGUUCACGGCGAUGGUGGAAGAACAUAUCGUAGAGACGAGUUGAUGGUUUUGCAGUUCCAGCCCAUUUUGGGUAUGGGAUCUCGAGCCUCGAACCCCCUCAAAAGGUCUCGCGAUGGGUCAGGAGGAGCCGGCGUGAACUUACAGGGACACUCGUUUACAACAAGAUUCCUUGCAGGUGUGAUGACGAAACAAACAUACAAGAGCAAUCCCGAGCACUUCGAUAUGUUUCUCAAAGUUGUCUUCGAAGACCUGGAAUCAUUGUACUACAAUGGAAUCAGCGUUCGUGAUGAUUGUACACUUCGAUUCUUGGUGCUGGGGCUGAAGGGAGACUUGCCCUUUUUGACAAAGGCGGGGCAUCUCAACCGAACCUUUAUGAACAUUCGAAAAGGGCCUGCGGGGCCCAACUCAAAGCCUUUGACGGGAUGCUGUUGGAUGUGCGCGGCAGGCAGCAGUGCAGUACCCUUCGAGGAGUUUACACGUUCUCCAGCUUGGUUGCAAACUGUUGGACCGAACAAUGAACUUCCGUGGGCAACCAUUCCCGAUUUCAUGGAGCACGUGCCACAUGUUCUUGAGGACAAGGGGUCAUUUUUCAAGCUGGACCUUCUGCACGUCUACCAUCUGGGAAUUGGUCGUGACUUUGCAGCUAGCUCCUUGGUUGUGGCCUUGAAUCUCAUCUACCAGGGCGCGAUCCCCGACAGGUUGGCAAGCAUGAACAGGCACUUGAAGCAAUAUUUGAAAGAGUCACGCAAACAGGUUCACUUUAAGCUUCUUACCCGGGAUCUUCUGGGAUACAAUUCCGAGAGAUCUUUUCCGGCAGGCCAUUGGAACAAAGCCUUUGAUACUCCUGUUCUGAUUGAGUUUGUGGGGUGGCUGGUACGUCAAGACAUCGCCAUCUUCAGGUCAGAGCGCAGACUUCGGAUCAUUGCUAGUGCUUGCGAUGCAAUGUCCCGGUUCAUGCGUAGCUUGCUUCGAGCUGGGUUAUGGAUGCAAAAACAACAGGCUGCUGAAUGUGGAGAGGAUGGGCUCCAUUUCCUGCUCUGCUACAACAAGCUUGCAAUUAUUUCCUUCAACGCAGGCCAGUGUAGAUACAACAUGGUGCCCAAGCUCCACUGUUUUCAUCACUUAUGCCUGGACCUCCUUCACAAGUCGGUCUACCUGACAUUUCUCUUGAAUCCGCUGUCGCAAUGUACAUUCCAGGAUGAGGAUUUUGUUGGACGG